AUGGCUUUAAUAUCCAAUAUAAUCCUCAGGCUACGCCGCGAUCCACGCCUGUUAUAUGAAUUUCCUCCGUAUAUAUCUGCCAUUCUCGUCGUGGUCGGGGUUGUUUGGCUCUUUCUCCUUCCCCUUACCGAGUACUCUCGCCAAACAUACAUCUCAGAAAACGCGCUUUUACCGGGGCAGGUGCACACGUAUUUCGCAGGGAGUGAGCAGAAUGUCUUUCGGGGGUAUAGACGGGAAAUUGACCUCGUGAAGGAUGCGGAGUAUGAUAUGAAGUCUAAAAAGAUCCAGUCGAUAUUUCGAGAAUCCGGUCUGAAAAUUGCAACUCAAGAUUAUGAGUAUCGGUCAGCUGGAAACACACAUCGUGGACAAAAUGUUUAUGGUGUCAUUCAUGCUCCAAGAGGAGAUGGGACAGAAGCUAUUGUUUUGGUGGCCGCUUGGAAAACCAUUGACGGCCAACCAAACGUCAAUGGCGUGACUUUGGCUCUGACCCUGGCUAGAUAUUUCAAACGGUGGUCCCUGUGGUCCAAAGAUAUCAUAAUCCUAAUUACGCCAGACAGCAAAUCCGGCACACAAGCAUGGGUCGAUGCCUAUCAUGAUAUGCACCCAGCAUCCGUUCAAUCUCUUCCUCUCAAAAGUGGCGCUUUGCAAGGCGCCUUGGUUUUUGAGUACCCCUUCGACCACAGGUUCGAAUCUAUCCAUAUCGUAUACGAUGGUGUCAAUGGGCAGCUGCCAAACCUCGACUUAUUCAACACUGCCGUUUCAGUAAUCCAUGGCCAAAUGGGCAAUUCAGCAACCUUGCAGAAGAUGUAUGAGCACAAUGAUAGCUACAAAAUGCGCCUGAAAACAAUGCUUCGAGGCAUGAUAAAUCAGGGGCUGGGUAAUGCUGCUGGCGCUCAUAGCAGCUUUAUUCCUUAUCACAUUGAUGCGAUUACGAUCCAGACUAUCGGAAACGGGUGGCAGGACGAAAUGGCGCUUGGCAGGAUCGUGGAAAGUCUUGUUCGCAGCUUGAAUAAUCUCCUAGAACAUUUCCAUCAGAGCUUCUUCUUCUAUAUUCUAAUGCAGGUGAACCGGUUCGUAAGCAUUGGAACAUAUCUUCCCAGCGCAAUGUUGAUUGCAGGGAACUUCACCAUCAUGGCUAUUGCUCUAUGGAUGAAAAGUGGAGUUCGUCCUUCCGCAGGCACAAACGCAGGAUUGGAGGAUUAUGUUUCCAAGAGAGGAAAAUCAAAUGGAAUGGAAAACAUCAUCGCUGAUCAGGAAGGAAAUGGCAUUCUAGAACGACAUAUGGCGUUGCCACUGGCGCUGGUGGUUGGAUUGCAUCUAGUAGGAUUUAUCCCGCUCUAUGCCUUCAACAACAUGCACCAUCAAUACUUUGAACAAGCAACCUACCUACUCGUCUUCAUAAACAUCGUCCUCCCAAUACUUCUCGCUGCAAUCAUAACCCGCUGCUCUCGCCCAUCAACCCAACAAUGCCUCCUCAUAAAAUCCUUCUCCCUCCUCCUCCUCGGUCUCUUCCUCUCUGCACUCGCAACCUUAAACUUCUCCCUCUCACUCAUGAUCGGCCUGUUAUGCACUCCCCUAUCCUAUAUCGUCCCGAUCCCAAACGAACCUAGCCAAAACGCAACCGCGAAUUCGAAACCAUCAGCUUCUACGGACAAGGCCAGAGAAAAGCCAACAAAUUCAACCUCAACGUCAGUGACGACUAUCCUCCUCACCCUGUUCGGUCUAAUCUUCAUGAAUCUACUUUCCCCCACUGUAGUUCUGUUGGCUGCAUGUCACUACUGGCAGAUUCCGAUAACGACGUUGUUGACUGAGGCGGUGUUCGGAUGGGACGUAUGGGGGGUGUGGACUCAGGUAGCCUUCUGGUUUCCAGCGGAAAUAACGAUUGAUAAGAUCUACCACGAAUCAUAA